AUGGCAAGUAAAGUCAUCUUCCCAGCACAGUAUUCAACAACUAAGUUCUCCCUAAUAUGCUGCCACGGCCACAAGCCCAGGAUCUUACUCGUUAUACUUGAUGGCGAUGUGUAUGGGAGUUGGAUCAGACUGGGAAACGCGCAGAGUGAUGAAGGAGUGACGGCGAGGAUCACGGUGCGGGAUGGAUUGAAGGAGACAUUUGGGGAUGGAUUCUCAAUGGAUCCAAUGGCAUUCUCCCUUAAAUGCAGACUUCAAGAGCUCACGUUUGGCAUCAAGCAAGGUAGCAGAGCUGGAUUUUGCGCUGAUGUGACGUACUGUGUUCUCGUGAGCAAGGCCAGAACGGUGCGAAGACCCGAGAGUAGAGGAUGGGAUGGCGGCGUAUGGAGGAUUGAAGGAGAUUGCCAGAGGCGCCUCGGGGAUGCUCAAUUGAUCUCACACAGCACUCUCUCUCGAAUGAAGACGUCAAGAACUCAAAACAAGGUAUAUUUUGUGCUGAAGCGAUCUAUUGCCGUCUGGCGAGCAAGACCAGGACUGUUCGGAGGGCGAGACGAGGCGACGAUGGAGGGAGACGUCUGGGGAUCAGCGGUAUGGCAUAGAAAAACACCAGGGCAUCGUUUGACCAGGUUAUCCCUCGACGAGCAUCCAGGGAGUAAGGUCUCGUUCGGACAAGUGGGAUACUUAUUCAUGGUGACGUCCGCGCAAACAAACGCAUGCAACCUUAUCUUGAACGUCUUUGUCGGUGGUGGAGGCCCAUCGUCCUUUUCGUACAUUGCCUCGAAACGCGACUUAAACCGGGUACAGAUUCAAAGUCUUAAUAAGAUUACCAGUGCAAAUAAUUCUCUGGUUAAGAUUUGCGUAGAGCUUCUCAAGCGCAGGCAGAACAAGAUGCAAACAAGGAUACCCGUCUGCGGAAAACUCUUGCUGAGCGUCGUCAAAGAGUUGUGGUCGGAGUUGGCCGGAAUCACUUUCGUUACAAUUAUCACGCACCGAAAGAAGCUUGGUAAAUGCCAGCAGUCUAUUCCACUCCUCGCUACUCAUUCUCAGCUGCUCGAGCUUUCGAACCUUGGCCCCGUCCUUCUCAUCCUCUAUAAGCUCGUUCACAGAUCACUUGACGGCCUGACCCCGCGGUUUCUCUACAUCGGCUUUGGGAUUGGUGGCGAGUAUUUUGGCGUUUCUGGCCACCUGGAUAUCCAGGAAUUUCUGGUGACGUCCCGAAGAGGAGCUUUCCUGCAGAUCUAUCAGGAUGGUGCGCCUCCGGGAUUUUUGGGUCAAAGUGCCCAGUUUGGCUAUCCUACUAAGAAGGAUUAUCACGCUUGGGUGGGGAUGAGACAGGCAUAUAGGGUCCUGGAUAUGAUCCUGCUGCUAAGACAGAAAGGUGAAGCUCAGGGUAUUCCUUUGAUUUCUGGUACUCGUGUCGUUGUUCCUCAGAAUCCAAGAAGGCAUCUCCGCUUACAGCCGCGCACUCAAAUCGGCGUCAACCAGUCGCUCCUGAGCUUAAACUGGAAAUUGGGCUCAAUAUUUCGUUUCAUGGACAUCUGUCCUGCGGCAGAGCAGCAUUUCUGGACAGUGGUUCAGAUUGGCGAGGGUGCUGAAGGUCAUUCGAACAAUCAAGUACGGCUCCCUGUUGGCAUUGUUGGAACAUAA